AUGGGCAUUUGGCGGACCAAAGCCCGGCACCCGAGCAAGCUCGCCAAAUGCGUCCAAGACCAGGAAGGCCAGUACUUUUCGCUCGAAUUGCCGACAAUGAUGCGGAUGCUCAAGAUGACGCAAGGGGUCGUGCCUCGAAACGGAGCGUGCGGCUUCUCCGCGCUCUACGGAUCUGCGUCGCGGAUGGUCAAGCCGCCCGCUCUGUUUGGCCGCGCCGACUGCCAAAACAUCGGCGAUGGCCACAAGUACUUUCACCGCGUCAUCAUGCACGUUGUGGCAAAAGAGCCGUUGCCCAAGGACUUGUGGAUGACGUCCGGGGUCACGUGCCUCGCUGCGAGCCUCUGGCAGAAGCCCGUGUACGUCCUGGAAGCUCAUCCGCGCUGCCACGAUGUCUGGCGGCUCUCGCGCUUUGACGUGCACGGGAAGGAGACGGUGUUUGCGGACAAAAACUGCAUCGUUCAAGAAGCCGAAGCGAUGCAGGUGGGUCAUGUUCUGGUGCUCGAAAACAACCACUACACCCAUCUGGUCUUGCGCUUCACAUUUCACAUUUUACGCUAA